AUGUCCGAGCUACGACGGAAAGAAAUGGAGGACAAGCGCGCCAAGCUCGCCGAGCUGCGGCGCGCCCGCGAGGAGCGGCAAAAGCUGCUCCAGCAGGCUGUCGAGAGAGGCAGCGGCGCAUCAUCGUCAGAUCAGCAGCAGCCAUUAACCUCGCGCAAGGACGUCAAUGACCUCGUCGACUCGCUGCUCACCCCCGCACGCCCCGGCUCGCCGUACACCCCCGGCGGGCCAUCGCGCGUGUCGUCCCUCGGCGCAUCGGCGGCACCGAGCGCACACCCCGCCGCGUCGGGCAGGUCGACGCCACCCAGCGCGUCCGUGCCCGGCACGCCUGGGCGGCCUACCAGCCGGCUGAGCGACGGUAGCCUUGGGAACGAGCGGCGCGGCCAGGCGUCUGUGAGCAUUGGACAGGGGCUGGAAGAAGCGUUCAGCCCAAUCUCCGCGCCGCCUGCCGUCGUCAAGGUCGAGUAUGUCGACACGUACACCGAGAUGUACGACCUGCCGUCCAAGGUCGUCAAGCCCGAGACGUACUCCAAGGCCGUGCAGACGACGAUGGUGACGCAGUCGACGUCCACGGCGGAUCUGAGCGACAGCGCCGAGGCGAACCGGCGGCGGAGGGACGGCGGGUCCGGCCACGAGACGGAGGACGAGAUGCGCACGCGGAUCAUUGCCGAGCUGGACGAGGAGAGGCGGCAGGUCGAGAAGGACAUCAAGGAGCUCAAGGAGAAGACGGACAAUCUGCAGCUGCAGCAUCUGCCAGAUGACCAGCGACGAAACAUCUUCUCGUCGCCCGACUUUGCGAACUUCAUCGAGGGCUCGGCACGUAUUGUCCAGCGCGCGCUGAGCGACGGGUACGACUACAUCAAGGACUACACAAUCGGUGUUGACGGGUCGUAUGACGAGAGCGAGGGCCAAAAGGUCAAGCUUCUGUGUGCAUUUAGCGAUGAGCGAUGGACUGCGAACCGCUCCGUGACUGGCCUGGACUGGUCGCCCAAGUUCCCAGAACUCUCUGUCGCAUCGUACAACCGCAACCCGUCUGCACCAAACGACCCCGACGGCAUCGUCGCCGUGUGGAACUUGCACCUGCUCGAGCGCCCCGAGUUUGUGUUCCACUCGCCGUCCGACAUCCUCUCGGUUACAUUCUCGCCCUUCCACCCCAACCUCAUCUUUGGUGGCAGCUACUCUGGCCAGGUGCUGCUGUGGGACACGCGCACAAAGCACCUGCCCGUGCUCAAGACGCCAUUGUCGGCGUCGGGCCACACGUACCCCAUCUACGCGAUGAGCAUUGUCGGCACGCAGAACGCCAACUCGCUCAUCACGAGCUCUACCGACGGCCUGGUAUGCUCGUGGCAGGUCGACAUGCUGUCGCAGCCACAGGAGGCCCUGCGGCUCGUCGCGCCAGCCCAGAACAAGAUGGACGAGGUGUCAAUCACGUGCCUCGACUUUGCAGAGAACGAGACCGCCACCUUCUGGGUCGGUACCGAGGAGGGCUCAGUGUACCAGGUGAACCGGUUUGACCGGGCGUCUGCCAAGGCUGGCCUCAACAUCGACGACAUCUACCGGGGACACGCGGGACCCGUCACGGGCAUCCACUUCCACCCGUCUGCUGGCCCGAUCGACUUCUCCGACCUGUUCCUCACGUCGUCGGUCGACUGGACCGUCAAGCUGUGGCGGACCAAGGCGGGCGGCAGCAAGUCUGCGGCGGCGGCAUCAUCAUCGUCGUCGUCGGCCUCGACGCAGCCGGCUGGCAUUCCGCCGAUCCACUCGUUUGAGGAGGCCGACGACUACGUGUUCGACGUCAAGUGGCACCGGUCGCACCCGGCACUGUUCGGUACCGUGGACGGCACGGGCAAGUUUGACCUGUGGAACCUGAACCAGGACGUCGAGGUGCCCAUCAUCUCGACGCCGGUGUCGAACCGCGCGCUCAACAAGCUCGCAUGGGACCGCACCCCGCUGGCGCGCAAGGUCGGCCUCGGAGGCAGCGACGGCAAGGUGUAUGUUUACGAGGUGGCCGAGAAGCUGGCACAGCCGCGCGAGAGCGAAUGGGUCGAGCUGCAGAAAACGGUGCAGAGCCUGGCUGCGAACCGGGAUGCUGGUGGCGGCCUGGGGUCUGUGCCGCUGCCAGAAGUGGCGGGCCGGUACAGGUAG